AGGGGGCGAGCAAGGGCGUGGGGCGGUGCCAAGCAGCACGCGGCGGCGGUAUAUAGGGAGCGGCGCCCCAGGCCAGCACUCACAGUGUCCCCUGGAGCAUCCGCCGCCACCGCACCGCCUCCGCCACCUCCGCCCUCAGAUCAGUCGCCAUGUGCCGCGUGAGCCAAGUGUGGGCAGCCGUCGUGAUGGUCCUCUUCGUUGUUGUCGCGACGGACCUGGGCGGCAUCGCAGAGGCCAAGCCCGACCCCAGCCAGCUCGCCAACAUGGCCGAGGCGCUCAAGUACCUGCAGGAGCUCGACAAGUACUAUUCACAGGUGUCCCGACCCAGCCCCCGCUCGGCGCCCGGUCCAGCUUCGCAGAUUCAAGCCUUGGAAAACACACUAAAGUUCCUGCAAUUGCAAGAACUUGGCAAACUGUAUUCCCUUAGGGCCCGACCGCGAUUCGGCAAACGAAGCGACUACGCCAUGCCUUCCGGAGAUGCUCUGAUGGAAGCCAGCGAGAGACUGUUGGAAACCCUCGCCCGCAGGAGGUGAAGCCUUCUCUCGCAGCCUGCAUUCCUACCCUCUCUCAAUGACGUCACCGCUGCUGUGUCUGCUGCUCCUACGUCAUACAAAAAUAAUCAAAGCUAAAAUGAUGCAAAAGAGAGAAAGAUCACAAUAAAGAUGACACUAAUAAUAAUUUUAAAAAGACUAAUGAAUGAAUGGUUAUUUUACCCAACGUCAACAAGGGAAAAAUAGUCAAGAGUCUAUUCGCUACGAUGCUGGCACCUCCCCUCCCCCCCUUCUACCUCCCCUUCACCCCCACUUCCACAUCCCCUCCCCCCUCCACCCCCACUUCCACCUCCACCCCACUCCACCCCACCCCCACCAUACUCCACACGCCACUUUCUCCCCAAUCUUCUCUAGCUCCACCUCCUACCUCCUCUUCCACUCCACCACAUCUCCAGCUCUCCUCUUCCACCUCUUUCGCAUUCCCUUCAUAGCUAUUAUCAUUUUCCUUCUUUCCUAUUCCUCACCACGAAUCCCUUACACACCAAACCAUCAUAUGCAAUGGAAAAAAAUAAAAUAAAGAAUGAAAUCUGAACGAAAAACGAAAAAAAAUAUAAUGGAAAAGAUACCAUAUCGUAGAACCUAUUAUCAAAAAAAGAAAAAAAAAAA